AAUUCUUCUCAUCUGAUCAUUGCAUAUGAUUCUUAAUAUCCUGAGUAGUUAUAUCAGAGAUUCAAACAAGACAGCCAAAACCAAUCAAAAGUCAAUCGAAACGCCAAGUAAUGACAGCCACUCUUAGCGGGUAACCUAGACAUGGCUACUUCAAAGCUUAUCUUCAUCCUGAUCCAAGGGAUCGUUCUGCUUUCUGUCCUUGACUUUGCAAAUGCACAAGGACUGAAAGUAGGGUUUUAUGCAAAGUCAUGCCCGAAAGCAGAGGCCAUAGUCAAGAAGGUUAUCUCUCAAACCAUGGCGGUAGCACCUUCACUCGCUGGUCCUUUGCUGAGAAUGCAUUUCCAUGAUUGCUUUGUCAGGGGUUGCGACGGUUCAGUGCUAUUGAAUUCUUCAACAAACCAAGCCGAAAAGGAUGCACCUCCAAACCUAAGUCUUCGAGGGUAUGGAGUCAUUGACAGAGUUAAGUCUGCUUUGGAAAAAGCAUGUCCUGGAGUAGUUUCAUGCUCUGACAUCGUAGCCAUUGUAGCUAGGGAUGUGGUUGUCGCGGACAUGGGAGGACACUGGGAUGUUGAAACUGGACGAAGAGAUGGUAAUGUAUCAAGCAUGACAGAUGCCUUGCUCAAUCUCCCAUCACCUCGUUCAAACAUCACUAUACUAAAAUCAAGCUUUGCACAGAAGGGUCUAAGCGCUAAAGAUCUUGUAGUACUAUCAGGGAGUCACACCAUUGGGACGUCUCAUUGCUCUUCCUUCAACAAUCGUCUUUACAACUUCACCGGAAAUGGCGAUACCGAUCCCACCUUGGAUAACAACUACAUUGCAAGGUUGAAGUUGAAAUGCAAGCCCAACGACCAAACAACUCUCGCUGAGAUGGAUCCGGGGAGUUUCAAGACAUUUGACGUCUCCUAUUAUACUCUUGUGGCCAAGAGAAGGGGUCUCUUUCAGUCAGAUGCAGCUCUUCUUGAUGACAGUGAGACCAAAACUUACGUUACAAACCAUGCCACACCAAAGGGAAAAGCUAGUUUCUUGAAGGAUUUUGGUGUUUCAAUGGUGAAAAUGGGUAGGAUCGGAGUUCUCACGGGGAAUGCAGGAGAGAUCAGGAGAGUCUGCAGCAAGAUUAAUUAAUUAAUUAAGGAUAAUGUCGAACGUGAUCAAUAAAGCUUAUCUGUUUCCAUCUUGAUACAGGUUGUAUUUGUAUGAUUUCUUGAUGAUUUUAUGUUUUCAGGUUGGUAUUGGUUUGAACGUUGAAGUGUUCAAUAAAUAAUAUGACAUUCAUUAA